AGAAAGGAGAGGGGAGAAAAAAAAACUCCAGGGCUUGUUAUGGAGUUCGUGUGAAGGAAACACGGAUUUCCACCCUUCUUUACCAGUUAAACCAGUAUCUCUGGAUAGAACACACUCAAGUACUUCAACAGGUAGAGUCUCUAACCGCAAACUCUUCCGUGGCUCCUCUCAUAAUAAUCUCCCCUUCGUUUUCUCUCUCUCUACCGUUUACCUCAAUUGAGUUUCUUGCCUUUUUGUUCGCUCUUCUUAUCACUUGGAAAAAGGUGAACCCUCGUGUUAUUUUUAUUUUAAUCUUUGCUUUAAUUGUAGUUUUUACCCUUGUGGUCCCUGAUGGCUUCGCACAGUGAUACUCUGGUGGUGUUCUUUGGGGCAACAGCUGGUGCAAAUGGGGGUAAACUGGGUUCGGAUGAGAGGGAAAUAAUUCUCUUGGUGUGGCAAAUUGUGGAUCUACAUGAGAAAAAGGUACGGACCUUCCUCACCUGUUCCUUCGAUGUACGGUUUCUUGUGUAGCAACAGUGUUUGUGGCAUAGUUUCUACCUGUAGUGGAACAUUAUGUUUGACAUUUAAAUCAACAUGGUGUGCUCUCUGAAACCGUCUGUAGCCUGCUUUUUCUCUCGUGCUAGCCAACGCUACACCACCUCUCUGUCCACCUCACCUUUUAACAGGUGUGCGGCCAAAAUUUAACCAGCCAGGUGAGGAGUGUAAUAUCAAUACGGGAGAUAACACACCUUUUUGGUUUGGCAUGUCAGCUUGUGUAUAAAAGAAACAUCGCUUUAUUGACAAUUACGUGCUUUUGCAACUACAUUGUCAAUUGUUUGUGUGACUUUCAAUGAGAGUUAAUUUCCUGAACAUGGCGGCUAAUGCCUUCACUGUAAUUAGCCAUAAAUGAGGAGUUGUUUUUACGCACUGUGGUCCGCCAUGAAACCCUAAAUCCUUUCACAGGUGGGGAAGCUUCAGAGGUGUCUUGUCAAACCAGACACUUUGGAGCUGGCAGAUCAAUGUAAAGAGGAGACAGGGUUGACUCUGGAGGACAUCGUUGCAGCUGAGCCCCUGGACAAAGUUCUGCAGCAGGUGAGUCUUACUAUAAUAAUAAUAUAUUUUAUUUACAUUGCGCUUUACAUCUGAGAAAACAGAUCUCAAAGUGCAUACAGUGAAAGGCAAUAGUAAAAACAACAAACAAAAAUAACAACAUAGUAAAAAGUGUGUCACUUUAGUACUGCGGUCACAAAUCUCACAAAGAAACACAGUUAUUUAAAGGCAAAAUUGACCUUUAAGGCUGUAAGCUUUACAUACACAAUCUCUCAGUGAAAUAUGAAGACAAUCUGCUAUGUGCAACAACAAUAUUCAAUACUGUAAUGGAAAUAUUGUAACAAAGUUGAGGUGUGCGGAUAGAGCUCUCAUUCUACAUCCAAUAUAGUCAUGAAUCAAUAUUUGUCUCAUUGUGUUCCCAUCAAAUAUAUCUUAGUUAAUUUCUGGUUGUCUUCCAGGAUCAUAAUCUUAGUUCUUAUUUCACUUCUUGAGGCCUUUACUUGUUUCCAACACUUGUUUUCAUGGUAUAAUAUGAUGAUUCCAGGCAAUCUAAAAAACAAAAACAACAGGCCGGUCAUUGUGGUAGGCCACACUAACUGUCACGCUGCCAUCGCUCAGACGAUGAGAGGUGCGUUUUGCCUAAUCGGUGUUUGUUUUGUGAUUUGCACCACUGGGGAUAACGAUAAGGAUCACUGAUGUUAAGUCAAGAUCUUUGAGAGGAUAUUAAGGCUAAAUAAGGGUGUGGAUGUCCACUUGGGGCUGCUGCAGUUCUCUAUGUUUGUAUCUGUGACCUGAAUGGAAAAUAGUACCAGAAAGCAAAAAGGUGUUUCUCUUUCACCUUCUCUUCAUUGGUCAUUGGUGAGUUGGCUUUACUGUUUAUGUGGGUAGCUGACAGUUAGCCGGAGGUUUAGUUAAUGGUAAAAUUGCAAGAAUGUGGGCUCCAACUGGGAGGUUCAAUGGAAAUAUUUUGACUGUGACUGCAAAGCAUGAGGAAGCAAAAUUGUGUUGCGUGCUUACUGUGUCUGUGAUGCUUUUGUUGUAUAUAACAUUUCAACAACAAUAAAAUUAGCAGAUCUAUGAACCUUGUAGCACAGGAAGACUUUCUGUCACUGGGAGUGAGAAAUUCAGAAGCUGAUAAAACCAAGGCACCUUUCCCCUGACAGUUUUUGCCCACAGCAAGAUGAGACCUAGCAAGCCUGACUUGGUAUUAGGCUGUAAAUGAAUGUAAAGGGUGUCAAAUUUCCGAUGACCUUUUUAGAAAAAUGGUCUUCCCCUUGGUUGAGAGAUGUCAUUGGCUCUUUUUGACAGUGAAACACUGCUGACAGUUUGUGGACACCCAGGGCAAGGGAUAGGCUGAGCCUGAGGCAUGUGGAGAUAAGGAGAAGUCGCAGGUCUAGUCUUGUCCCGGCCUGAUGCGUGCUGUAGACAUCUGGAAGGCGGAAUGUUUACCUGGGACCGCACCUCUGUUUUAGGCUGCAGGACAGACAGGGGGGGCACACAGAUCAUCCUCCUCCUGUAUUUGGUCACAGCACGUCUUUACGACCAGGGCGUGAAAUUCGGUCCCUGGUUCCUCCCUGUGAGGAGGUUUGUUUUGUGAAGAAAGUGGUUAUGUGGCCAAACGAGUUUUUCCAACAAGCUACCUGACAGUGUUUGGUUUAACUGAGUGUACCUUUCUAAAACCUGCUGUGUCUUUGAGUUUUAUGACUCCUUAUUGUAAUGAUGAAACUUUGUGUUAUGGUAGUAUUUGAACCGUGCAUGCACAAGCAGGCUGGUUGGGGUUAACAGUUUACCUAACUUUGCACCCCUUAAACUUGAUUUAUGGUGUCUUUCAUCCCAACAUGCAGAUGAAAGUGCCUCAAAUUGGAAUAAACAGAGGGGAGAUUAGAAAGCAAUGAUAUCAUGGGACAAGAUUUUGCAGCAUUAAUUGAAGUAUGUAGUUCAAAAUGUUCAAAAUCAAUGGAUAAAAAUCUGUAAACAGCUGAAUCAGACAAAAUAAACACCAGAGAUGAUGCCUUAAUGUAGGGAUAAAAAGCUCAAGUUGAAACAAAACUCCAGAUUAAAAAGAUAUGCCUUUAAUUUUCUCUGAAAAACACUGAGAGAGCAUGCCAGUUUGUACCCACAGGCAAUAAGACUCAGUUCAGCAGCAUAAAUCAGGAGGGGUUCUUGCCAAUACUUGUUCAAUACAUUAGGAACAUAUGAAGAAAAGCAGCAGAGGUCUGUCGUGAUUUGAACGGGAGAUAAAAUAAGAGGAGCUCUCUGAUGUAUGGAUAGGAAACUGAUUCAAAGCUCUGGAACAAGGUGAAAGAACUCUAAGAUAAACUUAAACAGUAAAAGUCUGUUUUCUAAAGCCUCAUAAGCAGCAGAUCAAUGUGAUUUCAGGGUUGAUUGUGGCAGCAGCACUCUGAACUCGCUGUAGUUUUCUUACUGGAUAAAAAAAAAAGUUUUCAGUGAAGCUUCUCAUCUUGAAAUCCUUUUUUUUGUGUCAGUGUUGCUUCUCGACUGAUGGCUCUUAAAGCAUAGCCAAAAACAAUUAAAGUUUCACAGGGGUUUGGUGCCUUAUACAGACCUAGUGAGACUUGAGCUCCAGUGUAGGUUACUUUGUGUGCUGAACCUUUAAAUAUUAACCCAAGCAAUCAGUUUGUUCUUUUCAUACCUUGGUCUCACCGCUUACUUUCUCUCUGUUGGUCACUCUCAGGUUAGUCUCAUUCCUAAAAAUUUAAGCAAGGCAAUGCACAUUUCCCCAGACAUUUAAGAUAAUAUAAAAGAUUCAAACGCUUUGAUUGGUCAGCCUUUUCCAAAUUGUUGAAUAAUAAAGGGAAAACUUGUAGCUGCCUAUUAUCACUGGUGGGCUUGAAGCGUUGACCUGUGCGGUCAGAGCCCCCAAGGACAUCUGUUGGGUCCCUUUGGUAAACGAUUUAUUAAGGAAAAGAUGCCUUAGGAGAUUAGAGGGCUUGGUUAACACUUGGCCUCCUACAGUCUGCCAGCUUAAUGCAGCCAACUGUAAACCAAUAUUGUAGCUAAUUUAUCAGUCAAGUAAUAUGCUUGAUAUAGUUAUUUUCCUAGAGACAAAACUGGCAAUACAACAUUAUGAGGAAGGGACACUCAAUACUUAACAUGAUGCAUUUGAAGAUUUGUGCAACAAACUUUGAUUUUCAUUGAUUGAAUGAAAGCUUUAUUUGAACAUGCAAUAGAUAAACAAAAGAGAAUAUAGGUAGUAACCAAACACAAACACAUGCAUACCAUAAAUAAAAGAAAAACAAGGAUUGCUGGCAACAAUCUUCAUGUGUAGCCAAUUUACAUGUUUGAAAAGGAGUAGCAAAGAAGCUUACAUUUAUUUAAUCCUACCCCUUUAACAUUUAUUUAAUCCUACUCCUUUUCCUUUUAUAGUUUCCUGCUUGAAAGUCAUUAGAUGGCAAGCAACCAAAUCAAAAUUCAACAUUUUACAUUUUAUUCCUAAAAAGACAUUUUUGCCACCUCCUUGUAAUAUACAGUUUAGUAGAGCAACAACAAAAAAUCCAGUUCUCAAUCCUAAAACAAGAAGAUGCAUUCAAGUACAUGAGCAUAUUGGAGAUGUGUGUGAUUGAUGAGUUACCUGUGAUCAAGCUUUAGUCAGAAUAUAAAUCCUGUGAUGAGUGAGAUGAUAACUACAAACAGGUUUGUACUCAUGUCUGUUUUGGACUGUUUUUGUGACUGUUCUAUGACACUACAGAGCGUGUACGUCACAUUUACAGCAAAGCGCAGCUCCUGGGUGUCCUGACAAAUAGUUUCACUGUUGUCGGACAGCUGCUGACUGCACAGGUUUGCCUCCUGCCAUAUGACAUUGGCGGCGUGUCCCAGCCUGUACAUGAUGGGAAACCUCACACAUCUCUCUGUUGAUGUUGUGAAACUGAGAUUGCUUCUCCUCCUGUAAUUGUUUUUAUCUGUUUGGGUGCUGACUACCGGCUGCAGCUUUGUGUUGUUCACUUGUCGAUUUUUAGUGCAGCCUUAUUGUUGCAUGGUUAGGAUUAUGAAUUGUAAGGGUGAGACACAAAAUGUGAUUUAUCUGAACUCACACCUGUGAUGUUUGAGUUUUGGCAGCUCAUUUAACUCAGCCUGCUCUUUGAGAGAUCUCUACCUCUCAAAUGUAAAGCUAAUACCUCUAAAAAAAAGAGAUUUUUAAGGUGUGGUAGAUCAAAAUGCUGAUGUAGGUGCCUGUUGUCAGAAUGAUUUAACUGUAUGAAAUAAGAGAGGAACUGCAAGGCUACAAAGUUUGAUGUUUGAUAAGAGAACUUGGAAAAAUAUUGAUAAGCAGUAUGUAUCAAACCCAUUUAUAGUCUUACGUUUAGCAUUGGGAUAUUCCUUUUUGUCUCCAGUUUCAGACUCACUGAUUUCAGCUCUAAUGCACGUCCCUGUGGUUGGUUUGAUGUUUAAAUGCACAAUGUUAAGACCUUGUUAGAAACUGUAUAGAACAGGAAUGAAAUGAGGCUGUACAAACUGAGAUCAGUCCAAAAAAGAUCGACAUUAAAUCAAGAAAAGCUUUUCUCCCUAAACUCAUCUUAUUUUCUCAGGUAUACAUGAUACCCUUCUCACAAACUACAUAUUUAUUUAGUCAAACUUUGAUAACUUUGGAGUUAUUGUUGUGAAUGCGAGCAGCAUACAACUCCUGCGUGUCUUUAGAUGUGCUCAUGCUGUGUUUUUAGCUCGAGCUCCUCUCAAACAUUUAUUGCAGGGACUGUUCUGCUCCUGACACUCCCUGCCUCUCUUAUCGGAGCUUGUUUCAGCCACCACCACCCUGCCCUCACCUCCGCAUACAAACAGUCCAGCUACACUGGAGAGCAAACUCUGAUAGGUACGUGUUCAAAGGCCACCUCCUCCCCCUCAUCUGGAGAAAUGUCUCACAGAAGGUAGGCAAGGCUGAAAGUGGGUUAAACAGAAAAUAAUCAGUCAAACUCAUUAUACACCGAACAUAAACAGCUCUUUUGUUCAAUAGUAAGAUUGCUUUAUCAUGCUAAGAGAAGGACAGAGGUCAGCACGCCAUAACUAAUAAUGAUUGGCCAGUUUUUAACAGCAGAGCCAAAUGUACCAGAAGGCUGGGUGAUGAUGACUCUGCCACCAGAUUGAAACUUAAGUAUCAUAGCAGUCUGGCUGGAAACUUGUUGCAGUGUCUUUGGCUGCCAAUCUCAAAAACUGCAGAAAAAUAAUCUAUUGGAGGAAAAUUUAGUUGGCUGUGCAUUUUUAUAGAUCUUAAACGAACCACAGUCCCCGCUUAUAUUUGCUUUCAGUGUGAAUUUGAUCAUCUGCUCUGUUUGUUUGCUCAGUUCACACUGGUUUCUAACCCAGAGGAGAAAAGAGAGGGUGUGCCGCUGCUUCUUCUGAAACAUUUGCUUUUCUCUCAGUAAUCCGGCUUUAAUAAUUGGCCCAAGGCGGAGCGGGAUGCACAGCUAUGAGCAAACAUUAGCUCUGUUAUCACUGUAAACAAUGAAACGCUGCAGUAUGGCUAUGCUUAAAAGAUGCCGUUGAGUGAAUUUGCAAACUUUUCAAUGCCAGAGUUUUUGGGAUUUCGGCUGUCGGAACAAUGAAAGCUUCAGGCAUUAGGUCGGAUCAAAGAGGAUGCCUUUUAUUGGUGUUGUGAGCUUUUAUGUACAAGCAACUCCCUUACAAAAAACAAAAACAUAGCAAAGACUGUCAGGUGACAUUUAUUAAAAUUGCCCAUGUAGUCAAUAAAAUGAGGCUAUUGUUGAAUUCAGGGACUUUUCAUUUGCAUCUGUUUCUACUGUCACUAUUAUUUUAACACACUCUUGAGUUCAGCUCCUGUUUGCACAUGACAUUGUCCCUUAAAAUUGCAGAAAAGUUUACAGGGUAAAAUGUCAACAGGCAGAGGAGCUGUUAAGACUGUCUGUUAGUCUUGACCAAUUAAAGAGAAGUAAAGAAGAUAUUACAGAAUGAAAAUAUAACUUUCAUGGAUUAUUUUCAGCAGCUCUGUGACUUGAGCUUCACUUAGUCCACUCGUGUUCAUGGAUCUGCUGAAAAUAACUGAGCUGUUUUUCACUAUGAUCCCUUUAGGGUUCAGUGGACUCAUCCUGAAAGCUUUCUAAUCUAACCCUGAAGCGUUUCUUCACUCGUCAGCAGCUGCUUGGUGUUGCCAAAUAGCUCUGCUUUUCUCCCUGACUGUUAAAAAGCCUGCCUCAACACGCAGUUGUAAUACUCUCUCACAGUCUGAGGAUCUGUCAUACAUAGCCAGUGGCCAGGUGAAACUAUAGUCAGUCCCUGGAUUCAAGGUGGUCUCACGCCCAGACUGCAAUUUUGCAAUUACAGUGAUGACUUUUAGGGUUCAGAGAAGAAGAGGGUAAAACUAAUGAUAAUAAUUUUACAAGGUGGCCAAGGAGACGGUCUCAUCUUUCAUACACACAUGGUCAGUAUAUUCAGAGGGGCUUAAAGAUGUUAUUGUUUGAGGAGUAAUCUACAGGGGACCCAGAUGUCACCGCCUAUCAUCUAUGGUUCUCUCUAGAAAUGUAUUUGUACGAACAACUCUGGCUUCAGUUUGAUCCUCAAUGUAUGUUUGCAGGAGAGGACAAAGGUAUUGGCCAAGGAUUUAUAGAUCAAACUGAGUUUUAGAGGUCGUAUCCCUUGUACAGUGAGGUGAUGUAGAUUUGUCCACGUUCCCCUUAUCCAAACCCUCAAAUUGCAUUUUUAAAGUGUUAAUAUUACUUAAAUUGGGCAAAAAUAUAGAUAGAUUAUUCCUGACUUCAUCCUCCCAAAGGACCUUGAUACCGUGGUUACAAAUCACCCGGUGUUUGUUUGUUCUUGUGAGUUUGUUUUUGGAGUCAUUGUCUUUAAAGUUGGGCAGCUGUCACAUCGGAGUGGAAGGGUUCGAUCCCAGUUCAAUCCUCAUGCUGAGGUGUCCUUGGGCAAAACACUCAACCCCAAAACUGCAGACGGAUGGGAUUGGUUACUUAUACUAAUAGGUGCUUUACAUAGCAGCCUCUGCCGUCAGUGUGAGAAUGUGGUGUGAACAUGACAUGUAGUACAAAGAUAAGAAAGUACAAAGAUAAGAAAGAAGAAAGAAGAAAAAUUAGAAUAACGUGAAAGUGAAUAUCAAACGUACAAUAGAGACUAUGUAUGUAAAAUAAAAUGUCAUAAGUAUUUUUUUUUUGUGAUUUUUUUAGCUCACAGUUAAAAAAACAAACAAACAAUCUCACAGUAUUAGAAAAUCAAUUUUUAGUUUUAUUGAAUUAAUGCAAUGGUGCACUGAUGCAAUAAUUCAUGGUAAACAAGUGCCAACACCAAUACUGAGUAUAAACAUGACACCCCCCCACCCCUGAAAGUUAGACCCAUCUGUAAUCUGAAACCUUGUUUUGGUUGAUCCUGGGAAAUACUCUAACAACUGUAGGUGCCAAAUUUCAGGUUUUACAAGUUUUAAGCCAAAAUCAUCUCAACUGGAAAAAAAAACGAGCUUUAAAACGUAAAGAACAAUAUCAGAAAAAUUUGAAAUUAACUUUUUCACAGUAUUCUGGUUUUUCAGAUGGAUGUAAAUAUAGUCGGUUUACAGUUGAUAUUAAACGUUUUGUUUCAAUCAGUCUGUUCAUCCUAUAACAAGAUAACUCUUACUCGACUGUUUUUGUAGAUAACUUGAGCCAAAUAAGAAAAUUCUGUGAAUCAUUAUCAGAAUUGUGUCCUCUAGCCUCAGAUGUCAUUUCUAGGUUAAUAUUGAAUGUUUACCUCUGUUGACACUUAAACGCUGCCAAUAACAGGUUGGCACAACACAAAGACUGUGGCUCAGUGAAUGUGAUGGUUAUAAAUAAACAUGCACAUAUGAGGGAGUUGCUGGUAUGUAAGUUUGGGUGUUGAAGCCAUCAGCGUUUAUGUAAAGGUGAGACAUGCAGGUCAGACUCGUAUGGGUUGUUUUUCCUCAUGUCUGGCUGAGUCUGUUGGUCACACUGUGAGAAAAGUGUGAUCCUGGUGAUUAGGAGUGUGAUCAUUCCCCUCCUUUUGUCCGCCUCCUUCGUCACUAAACCAACACAGGAACCUGUUCGGCGAGCUGCGUUCCCCACGAGAAACAAACACAAACAGUGACACAUCAAACACAGCACCACCUUCACUUUUGUCGCUUUAGAUUGGAGUCUGUUUGAGACACAGUUAAACAAAAUAAUGACAGUUUUAUAAUGAAGUCACUACAUGAGUUGGCGCAAACUAGUCCAAAUAAAAGCUUUUGAAAGGAUUUAGAUUUGAUGCACCUGGAAAAUCAAUGAAAUCUUCUCCUAAUGAAAUCCAUGUUUUAUCCUUGUCUCUUUUCUCUCUUCAUAUUUCCAGUUCCAGCAGUCGGUGUCAUCAGAGCUCAAAAGUCUCGGCAGAAGCUCUUACACACUUUGUGUCAACAGCCCCCUCGUCAUCCGACAGGCCCUCCACCCAGAAGCCUCCAAAAAGGUACGAGAUGUUUGCACUGCCUCUGGGGAGAAACUAAGAGUAGCUUUGUUAAAGUCAACACUUACAUUGAUUGUUAGUUAUUUAGCAAUAAAAAGAGCCCCUUAUUAAAUAAUAGAUUGAAAACAUGUUUGUAGUGUGUUUUUUGCCUACUUCUAAUCAGAAAUUGCUGUAGUCUCUCUUCACAAACGCAUCUUUUCUUGCUCCACUUGUAUGACGAAUAAAUGCGGCUUUAAGCUCAUAUAACUUAGUGUUUAUAGAUAACAUCAAAGUAUCAUUUCCUUCCCUUGUAAAUGUGAGCAUUGAUCAUUUGCAAGAAGUCAUGAUUUGACCUAAUUGAUUGUUUUGCUUCUUUUUUAAUAUCACUUGGAUAUUACUCUUACACAAAACGCCUUCGUCUCUCCUCAGCCUUCUAUCUCAUCUCUGCGAUAUAUGAAAAUUUUAUACUGUAAACUAUCUUUUCUCUUCAUCACUUCCUCUUCAGAACCUCGUCCUUCCUGAGUGUUUCUUUUCAUUCGUGGACGUGAGGAAGGAGUUUCAUAAAUGCUGUCCCAAUGCUGGCCCUGUGCAGAAGCUCACACUCGACUCCAUGUUGGAGUGUAUCCUUUUUGCCAGCCUCUGUGUUAGAGCUGCAUUUUUAUAAUCACCUCUUAUUAAUAUAGGAUGUGAUGGCUUUUGCAGAGUCCCUGAUAUAGAAAGUACAGGCAUAAAAUCCUUGCAGCCUUGAAUGUCAUAUCAAAGUUUUACAAAGUCAAGCUAGACGAGUUCAACUUGUUGGUGUCCUUAAGUAUUUAUGCAGAUGUGGGUCUUCCUGCUGUAUCAGAGCAGAUGUUUGGGGUGAAGGAGGUGAGGAGCAUGGUGCAGCUGACGCUCUGCAUCCUGGCUGAACCCCACAGUAAGUCACCACCACACUUUGCACCAAAUUUAUCUGAAAAAUAAUCAUGUCCAAAUGGUCAGGUGUUAUUUGGAUACUCAACUUGGUCUUAACCAAUCCAGCUGCAGAAAAAAAAAUUGUUUGAUUGUUAACAUCCUUAAUCCAAAGACACCAAAAUCAAAUGAAUGAAAGGUUGAGACUAAACUCUGAGAUGUGCUGAAAGCAGAAAAUGACAUGUCCACAUAAAGACAGUGGAGUGGCAUGUGUUGUUCACAAGCAGUGAUUACUGUGAACCAGCCUGCUUUGGCCACCUGAUGGUUUUGGUUUCUAUAAUCAGCACCAUGACUGCAGGAGUGACAAUAACAACAACAUUAUCACUGACUUUUUGGUUUGUUUUUAUUCAACUUAAAGGUGUGGUAGCUUCUGAAUCAUCAAACAAUAACUUCAAAGUAAAUGAGACAUAAAAAGUUCGGGCAUUGUUUAGUUUGAUUACAUUUUAAAAUUUGCGUACAACGUAAUCGCCACUCAGUGAUGGCCUGCUGUUAGUAAGGCUGUAGAAAGAGACUCCAUAUAUGUGACAGCACUAAUAAAUCAAAUUUAGAUUUAGUGUUUUUGAACAUAUCUGAGUUACAACCCGCAGGCUUUACCCUCUUAUUAACAGACAAGUAUGUAUUUGCGUGUGAUCAGAAACAGGAAUUUGGAGAGCUUGAACAGACUCUGCUUGGCAGGAUGAACCUGUUCACAGCAGCAGAGUCAGAGUAUUGUUUUACAUGCACUUUUUUUCUUUUUUCUUUUUUUCAGAUCACAAGUUCUCCUGUGUUGAAACUGUGAAGUACAAAUUUGAUUCCGGCACGUGGUACGUAUGAACUUUUGUUUAAAUUUAUACAUAUGUGUGUGUGUGUCUAUGCCUCACCAGUGAGCCAGCAGUGUUUUUUACAGCCUAAAAGCCCCUCUAGACAAAUUCAGACCUUUAGCAUUGAUUACAGCAACAAGGAAGCCAACCAGGAGAGCAUGUUAUUUAAGCUGUCCAACUUUGCCAUCAAGUGCUUACCUGGGUUAUCUUGUAGCAGAGCACCAAAUCCUGCAGUCAAAAGCCUGUCACCUUGACAACCCCCCGACAUUUAAUCAUGGGAGUGUGUUACUGUGUUGAGCACUUAGUGUGAGUGGCCUCUGUGUCUGCAGGCUGUGGGCAAUUUGUUCAAAUGUAACCAGAGAAGAAGUAGAGUUUUUUUUUUCUUUGCUAAGAGUUAAAGUCACCUGCAGAGAUUCUCGUAGUAAUUUAAUGUAAACGUUCAGACUAUCUAAAGAAUUUCAUAAUGGCAUUAAUGUUAUUUUUUUCUCAAUGUUAAGCAGUAAGACAGAGCCGGUGGACAGUGAGACGGUCAUCAGAGCACGAGGGCUUCCAUGGCAGUCAUCAGACCAAGAUAUUGCUCGCUUCUUUAAAGGCCUCAGUAUCGCCAAGUAUGUUGGACUUGAUUUAAAUCCUCCAGAAGCCUAUUUACAACCAACAAUUUCUCAUAAACUCAUUAUAAAACAAACUGUUUUUACAUUUCUUUCCAUGUGUCUGCAAAAUCAAUUUCCUUCUUUGAAUGUCUGUCAGUUUUCAAAAGGUCCAAUAGGAACUCUGCAGAAAUAUGUAAAGGUUGAUGUCCUGGUGGAUCAACUGUCCUUUUGUUUCCAAUUUAUCAGCAUCCUGUUUUCAAUGUAAAACUAUUCAGUUGGUUUCAGCUGAGGGUUUCAACUAACAUUUGCCUGUAACAUAUUUAAGCAGCGCUGGCUCUGCCCAGAUGUAUCAUAAUUGGCCUUACCUUUUACUGUACUGAUGGGAAAGUAUUGUUGACCAUUUUGUGCAGCAAUUGGCAGUGGAUAAAUGAAAAAAAUACUCCAAAAAAAAAAUACUCCCCAUAAUGUAAAACUGUUAUGUUCCUGAUUGUGGCUCUUUGGGUUCAUACUCACGCGUGUGUUUGUGUGCUCCUGGGUUUCAGAGGUGGCGUGGCCCUGUGUCUGAACGCUCAGGGCAGGAGGAACGGCGAGGCUUUAGUUCGAUUCAUCAACUCUGAGCACAGAGACCUGGCCCUGGAGCGCCACAAGCACCACAUGGGCAGCCGCUACAUCGAGGUCAGAUUCAGUAUUUGUCACUUGCUGUGAUUCUAUUGCGUGUUUGACAUCAUGCUCAGCCAAACAUGAUCCCCGUUUUGAGAUCCAUGGGUUAUCGGCGUGUUCAGACUCGAUUUUAUUCUGCUCAAAUGGAUCUUAAUAGUGUCCUAAUUUUGUUGUAGCUAACUUUUUCCGCUUGUCAGGAAGAAAAACAAGUUUAAAUUCCAAUGGACGGAUUAGUAUUUCAAAGUUUAAUCUAGUUUCCUCUUGUCUUGCAGGUCUACAAAGCCACAGGAGAGGAAUUCCUCAAGAUUGCUGGAGGUCAGAUUUCAGAUUUUUUUCUCCUCUUCUCACCACGUUUGCAUAAAUCUCACAGUGAAAGACUUCCUGUUUGGUCGAAGGUAGACUUCUGUUUCAUGGAUUUCUCGCAUCUCUGAGGAAAAACAAGACCCUUCCACAUCUAUAAAAGAGCAGCCCUUUAGCGGGUGUAAAAGAGGAGAUCUCAUGUGCUCUGCUGGUCUCUCUCCUGUUACCGGUGUCUCUGCCUCAUCACUCCGACUCUCCAGCAGCUUAUCUCUGACUAAUAAAAGGCGCUUUGUGAGGAACUUCCCCCCCCACCUCCCUCCAUCUCUUUCCUCACCCCCACCAGAUCCCCAGAGUAAAGCUUCAGAGCCCAGUUGGAAAGAAAUUUCACCCUCUGCUAACAGCAGCUCACCUGUCCGGUUCAGCCUGGAGCUGCACUCCCCCCUGAGGGAGAGGAGGCUGACGGCCGGUAAAAGGACCGACUCAAAGCGAGUACAAAGAAAGUGUGAAGAGACAAAGCGAGGGCUUGAGGCCUCUGGACCACAGAGCAGCUGCCUGCAGCAACACAGGACAGAGAUAGCGGACAAAGAAACUCAGUCACUGGCAGCAGAUAACUUACAGAGGCUGCCGCUCUGACUGUGGACUUUAAUCCGAUGUGUCAGGAUCGGCGCAGGUUGACGGCACAUUGGACUUAAAGCAAAUAGUUGGAGCAGACAAGAAAUCAGUUACACAGUCCAAAACAUUCAGAGUAUUUGGCAUCAUCGUAGAUGUUUUGUAAAUUAUUUAAGAUUUUAAAAUGAGAGGAUCAAUUUAUUUAUUUUUUUUAUUUUUUUUACUGAAUAUUUUUUCAGAUUUUUCUGUAUUAUGUAGAACAACAAAAAAUCCCACUGUCAUAGCCACAGUGGUUAAAGACUUGAAUUUGGGGUGAUGAAGGUAAUACAAGGAUCCUGUGAGAGCUCAUUCAAAUACUCUCUCACAGUCUGGUUAUAACUUUUUGCGUAGUUACAUAUCAGUCAACAAUAGCAUACUUCUCAUCAUUUGAGGCCAAAUGUGUUUUUACACCUUCAAAUUAGGAAGGCCUAUUUGCAGACUUUGGUGAGUGUGCGACACAAAAAGAAAACUGUUGAGUCAACAUCCUCUUAUGUGCACAGUCAGUUUUUAGCCUGUGUGAACGUCUGACUUUUGCUUUUGUUUAUUCCACUUUUCUCAGUUACAUUGAGGGGAAAUCUUGAGUUUAGUAUUUGAUUCAUUCUUGUUUAGGUAGGAAAGGUGCAACCAGACAAAAAUACAAAAUAUGAUUGAAAGAAGAAGCUGCUAUGACCCGAUUUUUUGCCCCUGUAGGUCAAAGUAAUCUUGUGAAAUAUUUACAUUAUUGGAACUGGAUGAGAGUAUAACAUUUAAAACAAUAAAUACAAUGGUUUAAUGACAUCAUCUAUGAGUGUCUGUGAGAUUGUCUCUUGUGUAACCAUGCUGCUACCUGAUUUCAGGUACAUCCAAUGAGGUGGCCCAGUUCCUGUCCAAAGAGAACCAGGUCAUCAUCCGUAUGCGGGGGUUACCUUUCACAGCCACACCUCAGGAGGUGCUGUCCUUCCUUGGUCCAGAAAGUCCUGUUACAGAUGGCGCCGAGGGUCUGCUGUUUGUCAAGUACCCAGAUGGACGUCCCACUGGCGAUGCCUUCGUCCUUUUUUCCUGUGAGGAGUACGCUCAGAACGCCCUGAAGAAGCACAAGCAGAUCCUGGGGAAGCGGUACAUAGAGCUGUUCAGGAGCACUGCAGCCGAGGUGCAACAGGUAAGUGCUCUCAGUCGAAUAAGCUAGAGAGAUCUUUAAACAGUGAGUUACUGAAUGGCAUUAAAACCUGUUCUGUUUCUUGCGUGUUCUGUGGUUCUGUCAAUUCUCCAUCACUCUUCUUCUUUUCCAGGUUCUGAACCGCUACAUGUCCACACCUCUGAUCUCCACACUGCCCCCCUCGCCCAUCGUUCCUGUCCCGGUCCUCACCACGCCUCCCUACCUCCCAGCUGCUAGCAGCACGAGAGACUGUGUCCGCCUCCGUGGUCUGCCGUACACCGCCGGCAUCGAAGAUAUCCUGGAGUUUAUGGGAGAACACACAGUAGACAUUAAACCUCAUGGAGUACACAUGGUCCUCAACCAACAGGUUAGACAGCUCAGGGCUCAGGAACAUGUGUGACAGUAAAACUCAGUAAAACUCAGAUCUGUAAAUAAAUGAUCAUCUUUGAUAUUCAAACUUGCUGCUUUUGAAUGAAAAGCAGCAAGUUUAUUCUUCUUAAUCUAGUUAUUUUACCAAAACCCACUUGAUAACUUUUGGUUUUGAGAGACAACUCCUGAAACAUUGUUUGUAAUUUAACCUUGCAUUUUUAUGUCCUCACUGUUGAUGAUCUCUGUAUCCUGCAGGGUCGGCCCUCAGGUGAUGCUUUCAUCCAAAUGAAGUCUUCUGAGAAGGCGUUUAUGGUGGCCCAGAAGUGCCAUAAAAAGACCAUGAAGGACCGCUAUGUGGAGGUGUUUCAGUGCUCCACAGAGGAGAUGAGCAUCGUGCUCAUGGGAGGAACCCUGAACCGCAGCGGCCUCUCCCCUCCACCCUGCAAACUCCCAUGUGAGUCGAGGCUACUAAAUGGUUUAUCAAGGCAAAGAUAGUGUUUGCUCUUCCUUUAUUUACUGCACUAUUUUAUAAUUAUCUGUAUUUUGUUGAGGAUGUAAAGAAAAUGUUGAUUAUAAAUAUUUCUAUUUACACCUAGUGGAACACUGACUUACUUGAUAAUUCUUCCCAAGCGAGAAGCAGCUGGUUUGAUUUCCACUUUGUGCUGCUGCUCUGUAGAUAGAUUCACGUUUUAGUGAAUAGAAGCUUAAUUUUUGAAAACACACUGUAGAGCUAAUUUCCAGCCCUGACACCGUGAUGCCUGGACUGAAUGUGACACUAACUUUGCACUUUGCUCUGUCAUAUCCGUCUUUGGUGUUGGAGAUUAGAUCAAGAUUGGCGAUGCUAGAGAGAAGUAGGCCGUUCAGUUUUGAGUUUUCUGUGCGUUUGCACACCUACACAUUUUUGGUAACGCUUUCUUUUACGGUACACUUAUUACCACAUAAUUAACAGGUAAUUACCAAGUAACAAUAUGAAAUUAUCUGGUAAUUACAUGAUAACUACAAAGUCAAUACUGUCUAGCUACCAGGCAGGUAACCUUCCAUCAUCAUACAAAUUUGAAGCCAAGUUGCUCUGGUAUUUCCAGGAUUUUCUCUGCUUCCUGGAACCACCACUUGCGCAGGCGGGUGAGUCACUGUGAUAACGCUCGGCUCAAACAGCAUACCUCUACGCAAUCUUUGCACGCCCAUAGGCUGUAUCAAGUAUCAAUAAUAGAAAGUAAGAACCCCAAAUAGCUUUUGAAAAUGGAGCUGCACAGAAAAAAAAAGAAGUUAUCAUGUCAUUACCAGAUAAUUUCAUAUUGUUACUAGGUAAUUACCUGUUAAUUACCUGGUAAUAAGUGUACCGUAAAAGAAAGCUUUACCCAUUUUUUGAAGUAAAUCUUUUUCAAAUACUCGAUUUUUCUUUUCACACGUCUUCACCAGAGUUUCUGCAGAGUCAGUGUAAGAUCUCUUUGCACCUGGAAACACUUGCUCAAGGUCAACAGUGUUGUGUGUCAGUGUGCGCUGCUGCCCACAGCCUCACACUGAUCCUGGCUGUUUGUGUGUAAAUAUAACCAUAUUGUCAUGAGUGUGUUUGUGUGUUUACAUUGUACAGCAGCCUGAAGGGACACACAGAGCUUUGUAAACAAAAACUUGCUGCACAGAAAGUGUUUUUGUCAUUCUGUGGGUCAUGUGCUUUUUAAAAUCGCAGAGACUCUGUCAGACCUGCUGUUGAAGUUGACAGAUUAACAAGAUCACUCAAACCUGCUUUUUUGACGCUGAAAGAGGAGACUGAGGAAAGUGUCAGGACUGCAUGUUCCCUGAAACCCAGCCUGUAAAUGACCUGACCCUGUGGAUGUGCUUGUCUUUGUGUUGCUCUGUAGGCCUGUCUCCUCCCACAGCCUACGCAGCCUUCCCAACUCCACCUGCCAUCCUCUCUGAGGCCGCCCUCUACCAGCCCCCCCUGCUGGCUGCCCCCAGACCUGCCCAGACCACAGCACACACCCCGGCUCACACUCUGGCUUACUACCCCCACCAACCGCACCUGUACAUGAACAUGAACAUGAACUACACAGCCUACUACCCCAGGUUAGUUUGCCGUUCGCCAAAGGUCACUGUUGAUACAGAAAAGAGAGAGUCACACCUCUCACCUGUUUUCUCUCUUUUCUUGGUCCCUCUCCAGCCCUCCCGUCUCUCCAUCCACAGUCAGCUACUUUGCAGCUCCUCCAGGAGCAGUGGCAGCAGUUGCAGCCCAACCUCACCACGCUGCAGCCGCGGCGUCCUCUGUUCUGCCUCAGCCCGGGGCCCUGGUCAGGAUGCAGGGUCUACCCUAUAACACUGGAGUCAAGGACAUUCUCAGCUUCUUUCAGGGAUACCAGGUCAGAAAUGAAACAAAUCCAUUAUAUGCCUCUGUGUAGACGUGAUACCUAAAAUGACACCCUAUAGGAGUAAAUGUGUCUUGGACAGAGGGAUAGAAACCUGAUCAGAGGUGGUCAGGGAUGAUUUGUCCAUGUUUAUUUGGUGGUGUGUGCAAUUCUGUCCACACCUUCGGCCCCCUUUGCUCUCUGCACUGGGAAAUGAUGAGGCUUGUUUUAAUGUUCACUCCAUCCAGGCUCAUGCUUGUAGUUUCAAGAGCUGCAUGAAAAACUGAUAAUUCCCCAGAUGAUGAUUCUUACUGGGAUGUCAAGAGCAGGCAUGAUGCUGUCUGCUGUGGAUGACAGUUGUGACCCUAAAGGAGUUUAUUAUCGUUUUUAAUAGUGCAGCACUUUAAGGGGCACAGAUAUCUUUUAAAGGUGGAUCUUUACAAAUAGAGAGUAGACUGUUUAAAACAUGGACCCAGUCUCUUUUGAUGAACCAAGCUUUUGAGCUCUUAGCAAACAGCCACAACACACUCACUUGUGUUACAACUAACCUCACAUUUCACAAUAACUUCUGUGUAACUCUGAGCUUUUACCAGCGCAUCGUUUUCAUUGACGAUGACGUUGAUGAUCGUCAAUGAAAACAACACUGCAGAAUAAAUGUUUAUCGUUUGACUGACGAAAUGCUCAUGAAUUUUGCAACUCUGUUCAUCAUCCACCACUAACUUUUUCAUCUAGUCUCGUCUCGUCAACGUAAACGUACAUUCGUCUCGUCACAUUUUAGUCAUCUAAGACUUAUGUUUAGCUCGUCAACGUCACGUCUUCGGCGUGGGAAAAAAGGGCAUUGAUGAAAUAUUUUGUUCGUCAACGAAAACAACACUGUACCAGCCUCAAGUGCAUUUCAUCCCACCUCUGUAUUAAAGUCAUUUCCAACUCUGGGGUUUGCAGCCAACAUCAGAGAUUAUCGUCUCAUAGGAAGUUUUGAUUUCAUGAUCCAGCGGGUCCAUAUUGACCGGCUUCUCUUUGCUUGUCUUAAUGAGAACAGAAAAGCUUUCCACCCAUGAGGAUGUGUGUCAAUACCAGGUGUACGCAGGCUUAAAGUUAUUGAAGUGUGUUGGUGUUGGCCACAGUGAGAUAAUCAUCUGAAAGCAGUCACAGUAUUAUAACAGUCCAUGUGAAUGUUAAUCUGAAUGACGACAGGCAGCCCGUGUGAUUAAAUUCUGUUCAACGUGAACUCUUCCCACACAGUAAAGCUGUCGGAUCUCCGCGCCCCGCAGCUACUAAAGAUUUACCAUAGCUGCUUGUUACUGCAAACUCUCUCCACACUAGUGUCUAAUUAGGGGACGUGUGUGCACUUGUGCUCUCUCUUCUCCCCUUUCUUUGUGCUUCCCAUACAUUUCGCUGCCAGUCCAAAUUAGGUGGAGUCCUCUGAAGCAGGUAUGAUUCUGACAGGUGUGGCUCCAGACGGGUUGGUUUGUCGGAGGGGGAACGAGGAGGAAAGUGGGUGGGGUUUGAGGUGGAGGGGUGGCACUGUUGUUGUUGUGGAACAGAUUUUGGGUCUGCUUUUUGGUCUGCGUGGGUCUGAGCAAGCGCCAAAUUGAUAAAGAAGAGCUCAUUUUGAGUCACACAUUAAUGAGCUUUACCUACUGAGAGAUGGGUGCAUGUUACUGUGUGAAGUUUGUGUGUGUUUGUGUGUGUGUGUGUGUGUGUGUCAGAGAAGAGAGAGUAAAGCUGACCCAUGUGCUGACUGUUGGCUGAACCACUGUAAUUGUAUCCUUAACAGGUUGUGUGUGUGUGUGUGUGUGUGUGUGUGUGUGUGUGUGUGUGUGUUUCUGGCAGCAGUAGCGUCUCUCACACUCUCCCUGGGUGAGAAACAGUUCCCACACCAGCCCGUGUGUGUGUGUGUGUGUGUGUGUGUGUGUGUGUGUGUGUGUGUGUGUGUGUGUGUGUGUGUGUGUAUAAACACAAUCCCAUUCCCAAACUACAAUACUGCGUGGGUCACAUGAAGCCUGUGCAGCCUGUAUUUGGUGUGUUGUGUUCAUUUUACUGGUUUGGUGUGUGUUUUCAGGAGUGUGAACAUACUUCUGCAUCAUUUGUUGUGUUUGUAACUGUGUCCUCUAAUAUGUUUAAAAAAACAAUGUGGAAAAGCUGCCUCCCUGACUGUGCGUUCAUUGUCAUGCUGUCUGUAGUACGCCCCUGACGAGUACAGCGGCAUGGUUCAGAUGAGCGAACAGGCCAGGAGUCUGAUUCAGCCCAAAGAAUGGCUCUGUCUUUAGGGACUCACCCCCACAGGUAAGAAGAGGCUGCAGACCAGAGGACCAAGGUGGACUGAGAGGGCAUUUCCUAUUCACUCAAAACUUAGUGAAAGAAACAAUGUGUGUGACAAGCAUCAAACUACCCAGUGAGUGCAGGUUCAGUGACGUCAUCAUAGGGAUGGGAAUUGAUAAGAUUUUGUCGAUAUCGAUGCCAUUAUUGAUUCUGCUUAUCGAUUCAAUUCUUUAACGAUUUCCUUAUCAAUGCCUUUCUUUGAUUUAAAAAAAAAUAGACUCUGGUUUCCAUCGUUAACUCAAAAUUGUAUUGAGUCUCUGAUAACAGUAGUCUAAAAAUAAUUAAACAACAAACUAUUAAUACAGCGUUUAUUCAAGUCAGUAUUAAGUCAAAUUAGGGUGACCAUAUUCUGGAUCCUCAAAAAGAGGACAUGACCAAGCAGUGUCGCAUGCAAAAUUUCGAGGGUUUUUUGGGUCAGGUCGAGUGUUUUCGGCGCGCUUCUAACUCAGUAAGUCCAAGUCUGCCAUGCACUGUGUUUAGUUAACACAAGACAUGCGUACCUUCCAUGCCGUUGCUGAGAUGGAGCAGCAGGGUCUGAUGACCGGAAGAAAGGAAUCAUUAAGGGAAUCGUUAAGAUGAAAUGUAAACGAUGUUGAUGGAUUGAACCAUUUGGAACCGAUUCUCAACAAGAACCAGUUCUCGAUUCCCAUCCCUAUGUCAUUAUUCAGACAUUAAGGUUAAUGUUACGACAAGUAGAGUUGAAAAUGAAGGACUCAAACAUGAUUCAGUUCCAGCUUCACUUCAAAAUCCUAUCUCUACAUCUGACAUCAGACACCACUUUAGUCUCCACAUAAAUGGAAGUCCCAUAUGCACGUCUUGCAGAAACGUCACACCUUCCAAAAAAUAACUUGCAUUAGAUGUAAUUUGAUUAUUCUGUUCUGCCUACAAUGAACAACAACUCCUAGGACAUGAAAUUCUUGGAGUUCAGCAGCAGAAUGUUGUUAUUUCAUACACAUAAAGUUUUGUUAUCACAUUUUUCGGCUAAUAGAGAUUUUUUUUUUAGCACUAAUAAUAAAAAUAGGAAUGCCCAAUCUGAACCUCCAAACCCUGAGCUCCUGACCCGGCAUGUCAGCCCGCUGCUUUCCAAUCAGAUCCGUCUCAUAUCUGCUGUCUGUCCCUUGGGGUCUUCCGGGAGUGCUGAGUCUGGACUUGCGACACACACAGACACACACAUACACAUACAUGAAAAACAUACUUAAGAGACUGUAUGAGUUAUUAGGGACAUUUUUCAUCCUGUGAUGAAGUGACCUCAGGCCACAGCAGAUGUCUAGCAGGCUAAAUGUCUUUAAAUAAGACUGCUGGUCUGAACUGAUGAAUUUUUAUUGACAUGGGAAAGUAAGUGAACUUCCCAUAAGCUGGAGAAACAUCUCAAGCUUUCACCAAGCUAAAUACCUCAAAUACCGAGCAGUAUUCAUAAAAAGUGCAAAGAAAACAGCAAAGUUUAGAGGGCCUCUGGUCAAUUUUAGUCUGAUUAAUUCUGUAAAACAGUCUUCAGCACUCCAGCUCCUAACCCCUGAUCAUCGAGGGUCUACCUCCCCACUUCAAUCAUUCCCUGUGAUGCUUUUUCGCAUGCAUUAUCCCACUCACACUCUCUCCACCUGUUACUCUGAAGAUAAGCCCUCAGAGUGUGGAGUUCAUGGUUUGUUGUGUUUGUCAUGCAUGUCUGAUUUCUACGCAUCAAACAGGAUCAUAAUGAAUGCUGUGAUUGCAUGCAAACUUCUUUAAUCUGUGUGAUUCGUCUCAUUUCUGCUCGUGGCGUCCAGGUCUUCUGGGAACAGCAUGUGCUCUUCGUUUUUUUUCCCCUCUUUUCUCCACCCAGUAAUCUCCUUUUUUUUCUCCCCCUACCUUACUGGACCGGUUUGAUGAGACCUUUUCUUCCAGGGAACGGUUCAUCCUUUUGCUUUGUGCGCUCCCCCUGGUGUUAAGUGUAUGCGGGAACAGCGGUUAUGUCAUAUGUUGUUUUUUUUUUUCUUUCUUUCUUCACAGCUCCAGCCAGACGCCGUUCUCCUCUUGUAUAACUUUAGUGGCCAGUGCAGCGGUGAGGCCUUGAUCACCUUCCCCAGCGAAGAGAUCGCCAGGCGCGCUGUGGCAGAGCGCACCAACCACCCCUUCUACGGCCAACAGGUCCACUUGGCCUUCUGUAACUGACCGCCAGCCCUUCAUCUCUCCUCCUCCUCCCUCAUUUAAGACCUCUCUGUCCCCAUACUGUGCCACUAAAAAUAGCUGCUGAUCCCCUCCUCUUCCUAUCAACUCCUAUUUAUCAUAAAAUGAGACCUUGCUGACCCUGACACUCCUUAAGCUGCUGUCGGAGUUUGGACGUCCACCGGUGAAGUCGUUGAAGCUCUGUUUCACUUUACACCUCUGUGGAAGUUGAGCUGCAGCUUUUCUUGUGGAGAUGAGAUGGUGUGGAGUCUGGAAAAAAACCUGAAUCGAUGGCUCUGCAAAGCCAAAUCUGCAUGUAUAUUUAAAUCCUCUAUAUACCUGAACGUGUACAGAUGUUCAUCCUGAUAUGCUUGAGGCAGUACAAACCACUUCUGCUUUACCUUUUUGUUUUCUGUUUAUAUUUCUGACGCUCACUUUUAACCACUAUGCAAAACACAUAUGUGUGUGUGUGUAGCUACAUGCAUGAUCAUUUGGUUGAUGGCCUCUAGCUGUGAAGUGGUGCCAUUAAAAAAAAAAGAAAGAAAAAAGCCAUAGAGGAAUAAAAAAGAAAAACUUCACAUGUGCCAGUGUACCAACUCAUUAGUAACUUUAUUUUUAAGGAGAAAAAAAAAAGUGAAUGGUUAUGUACUAUGUCACCCUAUUUAGACUUUUUCAGCACUAUGCGUUAAUUUCCCUCUCAGAGUGACAGCGUGUCUCUAACAAAGUAAAGUGACAAGUUAAUUUGAAUGAAUAGUCUUUGAGUUGUGAAAUGUAAUAAGACUCAGGCGUAUCCUUCUGAACCAUUGGACCUCAGCUUGUAGACGUCUCCUGUUUGGUUUCCACACUAUUUAUAACCAUCAGUCUGCAGCACUCUUUGAUUCCUGCUGAAGACCGAAGUACUGUGUGAAAAUUGCAUGAGUUUUUUUUGUUUCUGUGACAGGCCUGCUGACAGCUAUUGUAGCUUUUUUUCUUCUUUACUGUGCCUACAUUACCCAGAGUGCAAUACUGGCCCUGAAAACGAGGCUGUGUCAACCUCUGGUGGCAGAGGAGAUAUUUGUUUCUUUUGUUGCAAGUUUGAGACUUGUAUGAAUUUAGAUCUGUGUAUAAGACUGUAAACAAUAAACAUGUUGACAAUGA